GCGCUUUAGGGUUUUGGUGUUCCAGGAGAAUGGGAAGGUGAAGAAGCUGCGCUUUCGGGGGCGGGCUGGUGGCGGGGUGGCACUCGCGCUCGUCCACGGAGAGGACGACGAGGCAGGGCGAGGUGACAUGAACGACUACAAGGAAUAGCUUCUUUAAUUGGAGUACUUUCAUGUGAUGCUUCUUCAACACUCACGUUCAUCUCGCUGCUUUUGACCUUGUUUCACAUAACUCGAGAUCCAAAACUAAAAUUACUUUCCUUUCACUACAUUUUUGUCCUUCUAUUAUCUUUAUUUAUAAGUGAUUUUCCUUUUCUUUAUUUUAACUCUUUAUAUUGUUAAAAUUAAGAUUCUAACCCCCAAAUUUUGUCAAUCAAUUAACAGAAAUGUAGUAUUGAUUUGUAUUAAUUUAUAAAUGAACAAGUAUAUAAGAUUUGCUAAUUUAUACAAAUAAAUGACGGGACACAUAUUUGUUACAUUUUAAUUAUUUAAUGGACAAAAUUUUGGCAUGAAAAGCUUAAUUUAGCGUAAACGAUAAAUCUCGAUAGUUAGCGGUGACUUUGAAUGGAUGGAUAAUGUAUUUUUUUACACUAAUAAUAAUUACUAUUGUUGUUGUUUUAUUAACCGUCGCCUUCGACUUGGAUUUGGAUCUACGUCAGUUAAAGCAAGAUAAUUGAAAAGCUUGGACGAGAAUGCUGAUUAACUAGAAACACUCGUUUUCUCAAUAACGUAGUCUCUUACCAUAUUAUUGCUAGCAAUAUCUAACAUUGACCUUGCUUUUUAAGCACUGCUCUUCAUUAUUCUACUUCUCAACUUUUAACAACUCUUGUAAUUGUAGCAACUUCGCUAUUCGCAUAUCUUGUUGCUUUGCAAGCUCCAUGGACGACUUGCAUAGUCCCAAGUCACAGAUGGAGGAUGACUUUGAGUCAACUUUGCAUUCAGCUCCAUCAUUUUCAAUAUACAACAACCCUCAUGGAGGUGGUGACAUGGAAGAAGUUUUGAAGAAAACUCUUCCGAAUGGACAGAGUUUGGAAGCCACAGGAAGUGGUGAGUUCAGCUUUGAGAGGAACAAGAUGGAUUUGAUUGAGGAAAGAGAGCAUGAGAAUGAGAAUGAUUGGUCAAGUGGGAUCCACAAAUUGAGUAUUGAAGAGGAAGAAGAUGCUGAACCAGCUAGUCCCCCCAUGUAUCUGGCAUCAGGGCUUGGAGUUGAGGGUGUGCUAGGAUCUGAUAAACUUAUCAGUGAUGAUAUGUUUAAUCCCAACUUGCAUGAUAGUGAGGAUCUUGAAGGGUAUUACAAGAGGAUGGUUGAUGAGUAUCCCUGCCACCCUUUGAUUCUCAAAAAGUAUGCACAGCUUUUACAAUCUAAUGGAGACCUUCAAGGGGCUGAGGAGUACUUUCUUCGGGCUACGUUGGCGGAUCCUAAUGAUGGCGAAAUCUUGAUGCAGUAUGCGAAGCUGGUGUGGGAGAACCAUCAUGACAAGGAUAGAGCAUUGGUCUAUUUUGAACGUGCAGUUGAAGCUGCACCUCAAGACAGCCCUGUCCUUGCAGCAUAUGCUAGUUUUCUCUGGAAAAUUGAAGAUGAUGAGAAUGAAGAUGGAGAACAUGAAAUUCAGAAUGACAUGGAAAAACAAAAGACUGAAACUGUGAAGACCUCCAUAGAAGAAAGUCAUACAAUUAGCCAACUCUCAGUCCUUGCAGCUGGACAAGAGGUUGAUGCAGCACAUAUUACGACAUCUGAUUGUGGUGAACAAAGUAAUGUUGAAGAUUAUUUUAAGAAGAUGCUUGAUGAAAAUCCAAACAAUCCUUUGUUUCUGAAAAAGUAUGCUCAGUUUCUGUUACAGUCCAAGAGAGAUCUUCAAGCAGCAGAGGAUUACUACUCACGGGCAAUAGUAGCUGAUCCCAGUGACGGUGAAAUGAUAUCAGAAUAUGCUAAGCUAGUUUGGGAACUUCAUCGUGAUCAGGAAAAGGCUUCGUUUUUAUUUGAGCAAGCAGUUCAAGCUACCCCUGGGGAUAGCAAUGUUCUUGCUGCAUAUACCUGCUUUCUCUGGGAAACAGACGAUGGGGAAAGCUGAAAUUUAAAGGCAAGUUCACGUUCAAGAGAUCUUCUGCAGGAAAAUGCCAUGACUGUUACAAAUUUACAAGACAGGUUGCCAGAGCAGGUGUCAAUAAAUGCUCGUAGUUUCAGGUGAAUAAAGAAAACCAUACAACAAUCAACACAGAGAAGCGGCAAGUUUAACUCAUCUAGAAUAAAGAAAAAUCAUAUUUCUUUACUAAUUGCAAUUUUUGCCGAACUUUUCAUUUUUUUAGAAUAACAUGUAUCUAACUUGCAGCAGGACAAGAAUAGUUUACACGAAAUGAUUCAUGGUAAUGUUAAAAGCUCAACUAAUUAGAGAUAUCCCUUUCACAAAUCAGUGGUGCAGUCAUUGGGAGUAUUCUCUGUCUAGUUGAUGGGCCUUAUUCUAGUUUGGUUGGUACUACUAUUAGCCUGUUUGUUUAAAAAAAAAAAUGAAUUUAAAAAAAAAAAAUGAAUUUCAAAGUUCC